AUGGCUGCAUUGCAUGCGGUGUCGCAUGUUAGCGGCGGGCUGUCGUCAGUAGCCCGUGCUUCUCCUCGCGUUCUGUCAGCUCAACGGAAAUCAUCGUUUGAGCCGUCUCAAGCGGCUUACCCUGCCGACAGCUGUCUUCUGCGAGGCGAUUUUCUUCAGAAAGGCUGUUUGCGAGCAACCACGUGGCAAGCAGGCUUUGGUGGCCAGGGACCGUCGCAACCGCUGGCCGUUCGGUGGAAUGGCCACCCGUCGAGACGAGGCCGUGUUUCAGUGACUGCGUCCGCGUCAUCUGGAUUCGACGAGAUGGUGGCGGGGAGGACGCGCAAGUACUACAUGGUUGGGGGGAAGGGCGGCGUGGGGAAGACGAGCGUUUCCGCCGCUCUGGCAGUGAAGUUCGCCAACGAGGGUCAUCGCACGCUGGUCGUUUCCACCGACCCCGCGCACUCCCUCAGCGACUCCUUCGCCCAGGACGUGUCAGGAGGGAAGCCUGUGGCUGUGGAGGGCACCGACCUGCCUCUGUUCGCCAUGGAGAUCGACCCAGAGCAGGCGCGGGAGGAGUUCCGGACAGCAACAGGGAAGGAUGGCGGCAAGGGCGUGAAGGACUUUAUGGACUCCGUGGGCCUGGGCGGCUGGGUGGACCAGCUGAGCGAGCUGAAGCUGGGAGAGCUGCUGGAUACGCCACCGCCGGGGCUGGACGAGGCCGUUGCCAUUGCCAAGGUGGUGCAGUUCAUGCAAUCGCCCGAGUACAGCGACUUUACUCGCAUUGUCUUCGACACUGCACCCACGGGGCACACACUUCGGCUCCUUUCCCUCCCCGACUUCCUGGAUGCUUCCAUUGGGAAAAUUCUCACACUCAAGAACAAGAUCAGCUCUGCCACGUCAGCAGUCAAGUCUCUCUUUGGGCAGGAGGACGGCAAGCCUGACACAGCGGUGGAGAAGCUGGAGCAGUUGAAGGAGCGGAUGGUGAUGGUGAGGGAGAUUUUCCGCGACCAGAAGGCCACGGAGUUCAUUAUAGUCACAAUCCCCACAAUCAUGGCUAUUAACGAGAGCGCCCGCCUGCUGAAAUCACUUGAGGUGGAGGGCGUGCCGGUGAAGCGGCUUAUAGUGAAUCAGAUCCUGCCCAAGUCCAACACUGACUGCAAAUUCUGCAACAUCAAACGCAAGGACCAGCAACGAGCAUUAGACAUAGUGGAGGCAGACAAGGAGUUGAGCCACCUGAGGGUGAUUCAAUCGCCCCUCUUUGACCUUGAGAUCCGCGGUGUGCCAGCUCUCAAGUUCAUGGGGGACCUUGUGUGGCGGUAA